AUGGCUGAAACCUGGGGCGGCGAGGACGCCACCGUGAAGGAAGUGACCGAUUCUCUCGGCAAAACUCAAAUCAACGCUGAAGCGGCUCAAAAGGCCCGCGAGCAAGGAUGGGCCGAGCCUACAGCUUUCGAUUAUGAGCAUUUCAAUGCUGCUCAGCAGAAACAGGAGCCAGGAUCUGGCCCUAACCCGAUUUGGGCUGCGAAUGCUCAGAAAUAUGAGUGGAAUGAUGAAUAUGGUGACGUAGGACCUGUUCAUGAGAAGCUGGAGCAGAUUCUCUUCAAGAAUGACUUGACCAUGAGGAAGGGCCAGGAUUACGAGAAUCUUGCCAAUAUUCCAGUCACCUGCGAGAGUAAGGAGAAGAUUGCACCAGUCAAGAAGUUCGAGGAUGCCGGCCUGCAUCCUGUGAUGCUCCGUAACGUCGAGCUCUGUGGGUAUGAAUUUCCGACACCCAUUCAAGCAUAUGUCAUCCCAGCAGUCAUUCAAAACUAUGACGUUAUAGGCAUUGCACAAACAGGUAAGGCUGUUCAAUGUAAAGUAAGAAGCACGCUUACCCUAUCAGGGAGUGGGAAGACAGCGGCGUACCUCAUUCCGGUACUAUCCAAGCUCAUGGGCAAGGUAAAAAAGCUCGCAGCACCUCGUCCAAAUACGGCUCAAGGCUGGACACGGGACCAAUCAGUCCGUGCAGAGCCCUUGGUUUUGAUUAUUGUGCCGACCCGUGAGCUCGCAGCUCAAAUUUUCGACGAGGCGCGUAAGCUCUGCUAUAGAACCAUGCUUCGACCUUGUGUGUGUUAUGGAGGCGCACCCACGGUCGAUCAGAUGGAUGACCUGCGUAAGGGGUGCGAUGUUCUGAUUGGAACUCCAGACAGCAAUACAGAUGACGACCAUAUCUAUUGUAUGUUCUCGGCUACCUUCCCUAAAGAGGCGCGCGCCUUAGCCAAAGACUACAUGGCGAAAGACCACGUCCGUGUUCGAGUCGGGCGUGCCGGCUCAAGUCACAAGAAUAUAAAUCAGACUGUAAUCAUGGUUGAAGAGAGUGCAAAACGUCAGGCUGUGUACGAUCUUCUGCUCUCUCUGGAGCCUGCCCGCACAAUCAUCUUUGUGAACAACAAGAAAGCAGCCGAUUUUCUGGACGAUUUUUUGUACAAUCUCGCUAUGCCAACAACUUCUAUUCACUCGGAUCGUACGCAAAUUGAGCGCGAGGAUGCUAUUCGUGCAUUCAAGACCGGAAAAGCCCCUAUUCUGAUUGCGACGGGCGUAUCAGCUAGAGGCCUCGACAUCAAAAAUGUGAUGCAUGUGAUCAAUUACGACCUUCCGGGCUCUGAGUAUGGGGGGAUCGAUGAAUACGUGCACCGGAUUGGGCGGACUGCCCGAAUCGGCAAUCAAGGUCAAGCAACCUCGUUCUUUAAUGAACGUAACGAGGAUCUUGCGGAAUCUCUAGCGAAGACAUUGAUGGAGACCGGUAGCGAAAUUCCAGACUUCUUGCAGGCCUAUCUCCCGGAAGGCGACCUCACCUUUGAUGACAAGAGCGACGAAGAAGGAGAGACUGAAGGGGCUGGAGGAGUCAAGGUUGCUGGCGAGACUGGUGGUAGCUGGGGGGUGGAUGCUACUUCUGGUAGCAAUGCCGGAGCGCAGGGCAAAGCUCCUGCGAAAGAGGAGCCUGCCGCGUGGGGACCUGAUGGGGGAGAUGCUUCCGCAGCCGUCGGAGAUGCAUGGUAG